UACAUCGAACGCAAGCUUUUCAGAUCCUAAUACUACAUUAGCAAAAAUAUACAUUAUUCUAAUAUUGACAGUAAUAUUUUUAUUUUGGCGUAGAAGACGCUUCUAUAAGCUUUCUCGUCUCUUUCCUGGACCAUUGGAAUUCCCAAUUAUUGGUAUAUUUUUUCAUGUGUAUAAACCGAGUUUGCUUCUGCUUAAACUGAAAAUGGUAUUGGAAAUUUAUAAAACGGAGACGAUUUUUACAUACUUCGGACCGCAACCGACGCUUUAUACUGUCGAUCCCAAUUUAUUUCAAAAAGUGUUCACUUCAUCUAAAUUGUAUAAUAAGCCAAACAUCUUAUACGAACCUCUUGGAUAUCUUUUUGGUGAUGGGUUAAUAACAUCUAAAAGUGAUAAAUGGCGUCUACAUCGCAAACUUAUUGAUCCGGCGUUUCGAAAGCCUAUUUUACGCAACUUUUUAGCAGAAUUUAACAAAAACUCUAAAGAAUUCGUUAAACAAUUGGAGCAGUUAGACGGCAAAAGUGCAGAUAAUUUAAAUGAAAUGCUGCGUAAACUAAUGUUAACAAAUGGCAUGGGUAAGUAA